GAUCAUCUCAAAAAUGAUUGGGGAUUAAAUGGAGAUGCAUCGCUUACCCAAUCGAUGAUUGCCAGUGUGUGAAUGAAAUCAAAGUCGGUCGUGCCGCACUAUCUCUCAACAGCUUGACCGAUCGAUCGAUCGGCCACUGAGAGAUGCCAACUCCCGUCAGUACGAUCCCAAAUAUCAGAGAUGCUCUUAGAGCGACGUUCCGUAGCGGAUUGACCCGCCCCAUAGCAUGGCGUCAGCACCAGCUAUACCAGCUUGCACGCAUGGCGCAGAAUGAACGGGAGCUCAUUUGCGGUGCCCUGCACAAGGACCUUGGAAAGCCAAAAACAGAAGUCCUCAUGGCUGAAGUAGGCGCUCUCAUUCAGAUAGCUGUGAAGAGUGCAGAGCAGCUCCCAGAGUGGGCCAAGACUGAAUAUCCUGAGGUGCCUGAUUGGCAGAAGUCGUGGAAGCCAACGCUCUACAAGGUCCCGAGGGGGACCGUGCUGAUAAUCUCGCCAUGGAACUACCCUAUGAUACUCACUUUCCAACCUCUCAUUGGCGCAAUCGCAGCAGGUUGCACUGCGGCGCUGAAGCCCUCCGAGCUUGUCCCAACUUUCUCACAGCUCUUGGAGGAAAUUGUGCCCAAGUACCUCGACCCAAAUGCGUACCAAGUUGUCAAUGGUGCUGUGCCUGAAACUUCAAAGCUUCUCGAGCUUCAGUGGGACCAUAUUUUCUACACGGGAAAUAGCAGGGUCGCCAGGAUCGUCGCCAGCGCUGCGGCUAAGCACUUGACGCCGCUGGCGCUGGAAUUGGGUGGGAAGAGUCCCGUCAUCAUCGACUCCGCAUAUGAUAUCGACAUUGCUGCAAAAAGAAUCUUGUGGGGCAAGUGCAGAAAUGCAGGACAGAUCUGCGUGGCACCUGACUAUGUCCUCGUGCAGCGGGACAAACAGGAUGAGCUGGCAAAAGCCUUCCAGAAGCAUUACAAGGCCUUCUUCCCCGACGGUGCGCUGGAUUCGCCAUUGUUUGGAAGCAUCGUGUCGGAAUUGCACCAUAAACGCCUCACAUCACUUCUCUCUCGCACAAAGGGUGAGAUUGUUCUCCAGGGUCGCGCUGACGCUGCGAGGAGGAGACUUGAGCCCACCAUUGUUAAGGACGUUGCAGACGGUGACUCCUUGCUAGAAGAAGAAAUCUUUGGUCCGAUAUUGCCUUUGGUGCCUGUGGAUUCUUUGCAGCAGGCGAUCGAUUUCGUCAAUGCACGAUCUCAUCCGCUAGUUCUGUAUGCUUUUAGCGACAACGAAAGCCUGAAGCAACAGCUUGUCUCGGAAACACAGAGCGGUGGUAUUGUUUUCAAUGAUACCGUCCAACAGCUCUCUGUAACUGAACUACCAUUUACGGGGGUAGGCGAGUCAGGCUAUGGAUACCAGUUUAUGAAACACACGUACGAUACGUUCACGCAGCUUCGUAGCUCAAUUGACAUGCCGACGGAGGCUGAGCCAUACCUGGCAAGUCGGUAUCCGCCUUACUCGGAGGAGGCAGUGAAAGCCCUAACUGCUGCGGUGUAUAUGCCCAUUCAACCGAGCCUGUGA